AUCGAACAUCGCGCGCAGGAGCUCUUCCAAAUCUCCCCGCAAUUCGACAACGUCAUUUCGCAAUUGUUCUUAGAAAAUACUUUCGUUACUGAAGACCAAUUUGCCAUUCUAGUGGCAAAGAAUUCUCUCCGCACUCCGCCAUUCACAGCCCCGCGGGGCAACAGUCCAGGCUGCUGCUGCCGCAAUCGCGAACCCGCCAGCAGCAGCAACAAUUACACAAGUACUACCUUGACAAUGGCGCCUCCUCGACGGAACCUCCUCCCAAAAGACCGAUUUGGUCUUGCGUUUGGUGGUCUAAAAACACAAAACUACCAUGAUCCCGCUGCUCGUGGACCUGGUUCUCAUACAAUUCGCACAAUAGCAUGGAACCCUACCGGCCAGCUUAUUGCCACCGGCUCCGCAGACCGUACCCUUCGAAUCUGGAACCCUGAGCGCUCGCAAGUGAAAUACUCCACCGAACUGCGCGGGCAUACUGCUGGAAUUGAGAAAGUCGUGUUCAACCCUGUUCGUGACUCCGAGCUGGCUAGCUGCUCUACAGAUGGAACCGUUCGCGUUUGGGACGUCCGAUCAAAGACCUGCGUCAGUCGUUUGGACGUCGGAGGCGAGGCAUUCACACUAUCCUGGUCUGCUGAUGGAAGGGUAAUGAUUGUUGGCAGGAAGGACGACACCCUCAUACCCAUCUCCGUCGAAUCCCCAUCCACCCCAACCAUCCACCCCGACGGGCCACCCAAUGCUGCAGCAACGCAACAGCAACAGCAACAAAAGCCCACCUUCACACCAUCAACCUACACAGCCUUAGAACCACACCCCCAACCCAUCCAAACCAACGCAACAACUUUCUCACACCACGUCUCCACCCCUUCCUCCCCCGACCUCCACCUCUUCGCCACAACCGGCGAAGGCACCGUCAAAAUCAUCUCUUACCCGUCCUUCGACGUCCUCCACACCCUCUACGCCCACACUUCCGCCUGCCUUUCCAUCUCCCUAGCACCCACAGGUCGCUACCUCGCCGUCGGGGGCAGCGACGCUCUCAUCUCGCUAUGGGAUACAACAGACUGGAUCUGCAAGCGCACUGUCUCGAGCAACAAUGGUGGAGCCGUGCGCGGCGUGAGCUGGAGCUUCGACGGUAGAUUCAUCUGCGGUGCUUGUGACGAGGUAGGCUGUGGCGGUAAUGGUUUGGAGAUCUUCCAUGCGGAAACGGGCGAGAGCGUUCAUACCGUUCCUACGGGGGGCAAUGCCAAUUCGGGGAUUCCGGCUGUCGCGUGGCAUCCCUCGAGGUAUUGGCUUGCGUAUUCUACUACUGCGGAUGGCUCGGGGCCGGGCGGAUUGAGAAUUGUAGGGGCUGCGGGUGGGAGUCUGUAGAGACGGUUGGUAUUUUGAUUUGAUGAGUUGAUAUCUAUUUUCGCAUCUUUGUGUAUGUGUGUGUGUUGUGGCGUUUUGGUGCGUCGGAUGUUUUAUUUGAGUUUAUGAUGUUUACGGUAGAUAUUAAGCAUGGCAUUGCAUGUCUUGUAUAGAGUCCUUUUGCUGUGCUGGUUUGAUAUAUUGGCUUGGUUCGCGAAUGCUGUCCAGGAGAUGUAAACACGCUACUACACUCGACAAGUUUCUCGAAGACAAAUGAACUCUAUAGCAU